GGCGAGGGCUGAGGCGCGCGGGUGAUGGCGCAGACUCCCUUCACCGCGCUGCCCUGGGGCGUGCCCUACCAGUACAGAGACCCCGGGGCGGGCGGCGCGCGGCGGGAAUACGACCUUGCGCCGCACUACACGCACGCGCACGCGCACGCGCACGCUAAUGCGCUUACGCACGUGCCAUGUAAAGGCGAAGAGGAACCGCGACCAGACUAUAGGGAACAUUACCACCUUCACAGAUGCAGUGCAGCGUACAGCAAGUGCGUGGAAGACACAGCUGAGGAGCCGAGAGACCGGGAGGAGGUGGUAUCCAGCUCGGCCGAGCACCAGCAUUGGGAGGAGAAGUUAGUGACCAGCUCGUUAUGCAGUUCGGCGUCCACUUCCAGGAGUGAAGCGGCUUCCCCGCACCAACACGUCAGCACCACACAUGCAGGCGGCGGGCGGCGCGGCGCCUUACAACUGUGGCAGUUUCUUGUGUCUCUACUGGCGGAGGGCGCGCGCUGCGUGGCCUGGACCGGCCGCGGGCUGGAGUUCAAGCUGCACGAGCCCGAGGAGGUGGCGCGGCGCUGGGGCGCUCAGAAGAACAGACCAGCUAUGAACUACGACAAGCUGUCGCGCUCGCUGCGCUACUACUACGAGAAGGGCAUCAUGCAGAAGGUCGCAGGCGAGCGCUACGUAUACAAGUUCGUGUGCGACCCAGAAGCCCUGUUCAGCAUGGCGGCGCCGCGCGCGCGCUCGCCGCCCGCCGCGCCGCCCUACGAGCUGCUGUACCCGCCCUACCACGACCCGCGACGAUACUACAACGACCUGCCGCACUACGACGCCUGA